AUGCAACAAAGGACGACCACGCCAGCUGGCCCACCGACCGCCUCAUCUUCCGGAAAGCAAGUGGUAGAACUCAACGGGUACGUGAUAAUUCUGGUCGAAAGUCGCGAUGGAAAAAUCAAACUAUACGGCAGCCCGGCGGACAAGGACAAUCUGGAGGUGGCCGACGAAAUCCUGGACGUUAACGAACGGAAACUGGAAGACUCUCCCCGAGCAGAGGUUAUCAAGCACAUUCAUGAGUGCAUCCAGUCAUGCAUGAUAAAGCUACGGGUGAAACGGCGGAGUGAUUCGCGACUAGCGGGCGAGCUGGGAAACGCCGUACAGGAUGCAUUCGUCAUCGCCGUCGAGCAGCAGGCCCGAGAGCGGCUUCAACGAUUGUCCGCCCUCAAACGGAUCACACCGGUCGACAUGUCGCAGCUUUCGAUCAAACUGAACCAGCAGAGCCAGGCGAAGGGAGGCGCAACGCAGGACCUCAGCUUCCUGAAGGAGGCCUCACCGAUCUACGUGACGUCACUUUCGGGCAACAGCGUUACGGGUACCAACACCAGCACGACGGUGACGGCCGGUCUGAAGACCACCUUCACUGCUGGGGUCACUCUCGGCAACAGCACCAACAUCCACAGCCAGCAAAACGCCACCAACAACAACAUCAACACCACCAGCAACAGCAACGUGGUCGCCGUCGGAAAUGGGGGCGUACGGGUGAAUGUGACCGGAGAAGCGCCAUCUGGUGGGCAGAUGGCCAGUUCCGGUGGAUACGCUAACGUUCGACAAUCGCUCGGACCGAUCGGUGUUGGUCCGGUUUCCGGAACCACCCUUAAGGGUCCGGAGGGCCAGAUACCGGCGGGUCCAAGUACCAGCAACAAUAACACCCUAGUGGCCCUUAGUGCCGCGGCACCGGCCCCCGCGUCAGCCUACCACCUGCACCACAGUCUUGUAAAUAACAACAACCUCAACAGCAAUAUGGGCAAGCCGCAGGGGCUUGACUCGACCGCCAACAGUUACUAUAGUAAUCUAACUAACACCUUCCUAGCGAACGGUCAUGGUUCCAAGCGCGAGCUGGCAACGCUGUCCGAGGGUGAACUCGAGCCUCAGGACGAACCGCAGUACGAAUCGAGUGGCAGCAUAUCGCGCGGUGGCACCGAAGUUCUACUCGGGGACCAGAAUCUACGCCAGGAAAGCCGGCCUCGCAGACGCAGUGGCUCCAGCAUCGUGGUGCUGGGCGGUGAUGACACCCUGAAGCCCUCCAUCCCGAUUGAUGACUAUCAGGAGGACUUGGAGAUGUACAAUAUGUUAGCGGCAAACCAGGACAAUGGACCACACCGGGAAAUGGCUGUCGAUGUACCUGAAUCGUUCAUAGCCAGAAAUAAGACACCACCGCGGUAUCCACCCCCGCGCAGCACGGCGACGGUGGCGGUGGCAGCACCGGUGGGAGCAGCACCCGCGACGCCCUCGGCCACGCAGGUAAAUCACGUUUCCAACGCCAUGCCUCAGGUAGCGAAGCUCCACCAUCAAGUCCACGCCAACCACCAUCACCACCUGAACCUGAAUCACCAUCAUCAUCAUCAUCAUCAGCAAGCGCAUCAUCAGCACCAGUCAGUGGGUGGGCCAGGCGGUGGAGUAUCCUUGGAGCUGGAACCGCUCGUCGAUUCGUACAGUGAUCGGCACCUGUCCUCGCUGGACAGCAGCCAGGAGUACGUGAAAAAGGGUGGCUCCAGCAAGGGUCCAUCCUCGUUGGGUUCGGUGACGAGCGAGUUUGAGCCGUCCCUUAACGGGUUCGGUCAACUACGGAAAGGUCCAGGAGGUGAUCCAAGACUGCAGAGUUCGCUCAGUACCAACCGUAGCACGUCACCGACCUCAUCUGGGGAUCUGGGACCUCCGGAGUAUGACAUCGGACCUCACCGGGAGCUGCCCGUGGACGUUCCGGACAGUUUCGUAGAGACGGUGAAGGCACCACCUCGGUACCCACCGCCCAAAGCCAAGCCCUUUAAAGACGGUAUACGAAAGAAAGAUUCAGGCUCAUCAAACGAGUCCAUUGAUAAACGCAAGGCACAAUCACAGUCGCCAGCGCGCAACGAGCUGAACGGAUCCUCGAAACCGGUGCCCCCACCAAGGGAUCACCUGCGGAUAGAGAAGGACGGCCGGCUCACCAAUCGUGCACCAGUACCAGCCCCACAAGUGCCAGAUCGCAAGAUUGCGCCAAACGCAUCACAGCACCAGCAUAUCGGCCAGGUCCUGGAACCAACACCGGACCAGCUGGACAGCAUCAAGAAGUUCCAGGAACAACUUCGACGGCGAAGAGAGGACGAAGAACGGAUAGCGGCCCAGAAUGACUUCCUGCGGAACAGCCUACGGGGUUCGCAGCGACUACGCGCUCUUCAGGACAACCCGAUCGAGAAACCCCCGGUCGGUGUGGACAAUGAGGCGUAUGCGGACGAUGAGGUUGUGGAGAAGAUCAUCGGUUACAGUGAGCUAGUGGCAGCUCUGCAACGACUCCAGGGACACCUGAACAAGCACGGCCUUGCGACACUCGCUGGCAGAGUGACAGCGGCCCAAAGUCUGCUGCUUGGUCCUGGAAUCGCUCGAGCCCUAGCCGUCCGGACGGCCGUCCUGGAGCGACGACGCCCUAAGGUGCCCAAUCCCAUCUGCCCGAAUGCUCAAGCUCUAGCGAAGGACUGCGUCGAGUCGCUGGCUCAGUCCGGCUCACCAACCGCCAUCGAGCUGUGCGAUCUGCUGUCGACGUACGAGAUGGAAGGGUUGCUGUUGGCACACGAUCGAAUCGCAUCGAGUACCGACCGUUCGCCCAUCGCCUCGUACGGCGGCAGUCCGGUUAACGCCGCCCUGCCAUCCCUCAGCAACACCAUCAACAACAACAACGUCACCUUGACCAGCGCGGUGAAACCGGCACCGGUCAUGCCAUCGAUUCCAAAUAACGCUAGCUUAGUGAACAAUAACAAUAACAACAUCGCGAAGAGAGAACCCAUGAGCGUGCCACUGGGGGUGUUGCGCGAUGGCAGCCAGGACCACAUCAAGAUCAUCCAGAUCGAGAAGUCAUCCGAACCGCUCGGAGCGACGAUCCGCAACGAGGGUGAAGCGGUCGUGAUUGGACGCGUUGUGCGAGGUGGUGCCGCUGAGAAGUCCGGUCUGCUGCACGAAGGUGACGAGAUCCUGGAAGUGAAUGGGAUCGAGAUGCGGGGCAAAUCGGUGAACGACGUGUGCGCCCUACUCGGUUCGAUGACGGGCACGUUGACGUUCCUGGUCGUGCCUGCUGGUGUUCCACAGAUCCUGCCUGGGUUGGGAAUGCGCGAUCCACCGGUGUUGCACGUGCGGGCACACUUCGACUAUGACCCGGAGGAUGAUCUGUAUAUACCGUGCCGCGAGCUUGGCAUCAGCUUCCAGAAGGGUGACGUGCUGCACGUGAUCUCGCGCGACGAUCCUAACUGGUGGCAGGCGUACCGGGAGGGUGAAGAAGACCAGACCCUGGCUGGGUUGAUCCCGAGUCAGUCGUUCCAACACCAGCGCGAAUCGAUGAAACUCGCCAUUGCCGGGGAGGUGGGUUUGCGUACGCGCAAGGACCUCAACGGGAAGGCGGGCGGUGGCUCGACGCUCCUGUGUGCACGCAAGGGCCGCAAGAAGAAGAAGAAGGCAAGCAGUGAGCAUGGUUAUCCGUUGUACGCGACGGCCACGGCGGAUGAUCCAGAUCCGGAAGAGAUUCUCACGUAUGAGGAGGUGGCGUUGUACUAUCCCCGAGCGUCCCAUAAACGACCGAUCGUGUUGAUAGGACCUCCGAACAUUGGCCGGCACGAACUGCGACAACGGCUGAUGGCUGACUCUGAGCGAUUCGCCGCCGCCAUUCCUCAUACGUCACGAGCUCAACGAGAAGGAGAGGUACCCGGCCAGGACUAUCACUUCAUCUCACGGCAGCAGUUCGAGUCGGACAUCCUGGCGCGUAAGUUCGUCGAGCACGGCGAGUACGAGAAGGCCUACUACGGCACAUCCUUGGAAGCGAUCCGAGCCGUGGUCGCCAGUGGCAAGAUAUGCGUGUUGAACCUACACCCACAGAGCCUGAAGCUGUUGCGUUCGUCCGAUCUGAAGCCCUACACCGUGCUGGUGGCACCACCAAGCUUGGAAAAGCUGCGUCAGAAGCGGAUACGGACCGGUGAACCGUACAAGGAGGAGGAGCUGAAAGAGAUCAUCGCGACCGCACGUGACAUGGAAGCCCGCUGGGGUCACCUGUUCGACAUGAUCAUCAUCAACAAUGACACGGAACGGGCGUACCAUCAGCUGUUGGCCGAAAUCAACUCUCUCGAGCGGGAACCACAGUGGGUCCCAAGCAGUUGGCUGCACAACUAGUACGACGUUCACCUCGAAGAGCCGUAGCCGUUCCGAUCGAUCGCUAGCUGGGCUAGUUGGGCUGGUCGUACAACGGUGAGGCAGCAACGCUAGCGAAUGUUCCCUGAACGAACAAUCCUCCUUCCAAGUAUGUUGCAUACUGCACGUGCUCUUCAAACGAGGAGACGGAUAUCGAUCGGGUUGAUAGGAAGCACGUGAGAGGUGUCUCAUUCGGAUCCGAGUUGCUGCAGAAAGGGUUUGGAAGGCUCACAUGCGGGCCAGGGACACGUGCGAUCUAUAACCCCCACUCCAAAACUCAAUAGAUUCUUAUACAUAUGCAUAUAUACACUUACAUGUACGGAUACUUAUACUUUAUUGGACUUGUUGUUAUGUUAUGUUGCUACUCUGGUGCGCUGCGACAGCGCACGCACACACCGGUGGGGUUUUUCACGAGUUUUUCCAGCCCUCAUUCUGGGAGGGAGGCGCGAAAAUCGGCCGCAGCGUAGUGACUUUCCCAGCAUUGGAUUUUUUUCACCUAGGAACCAAUUGCGCGCGUGUUUGAGCGCGGUUGUGUGUGCUUUUUAGCGCAUACACACGCGCGCACAGUGCACCUGCGUUUGUGGGGUUUGCGGUGGUUUGUUACUUAAGAGUAGUGGGUUUGUUUUUCCACAUCGCGGGGAAACCGUUUUCCGUUCGUGUGAAGGACCAGUCGGGUGGCCUUUCCCCGGUUCAAUAUAGUGCGUACGUUUUGUUUUUAGAAUAAUGAAUGUUUUAUUUAUCGUAUCGUAGUGUUUUAUGUGGCGACGGAGGGAAAGAAAGCUGGUGCGCGGACACGCGGGGUGUUGCAUUUUGUUUUUUGACGACCUCAUAAUCAAGCGCCGGAACUGUAGGUCUGAGCGGGUCGAACUGGCGCAGCAUGAAUGCAAUCAUGCUGGAGGGAAGAGCGAACCCGAGUACACAAUAAACAAGCAAUUUCUAAGUGUCGUAACAAUACUAUCAGCGUAGAGGGAACUGCAAAUCUGCAGGCGGGACUAGGCGAUCCCAACCCCCCUGAGCAUAGGGCAAACAUGCAAAACCAAUGUAAUGUAGUUACGGAAAUAAAAAUCACAUACACACAAAAUCAACCCACAAGUACGUAGAUGCAGCAGGCAUAUGGAUGGAAGUAGAUGAGCUAUACGGGAGAUAAAGGUACUUUAAAAUAAUCAGCAGCAAACAACCCGCCCGCCCUGUGACGUCAAGUGGAGGUUUAGGUAUUGGAUAGUGAUUCGAAAAUUUACACGAAACAAAUCAAAAUAAUUAUAGCGACAGAUCCGGCCCGUAGCCGGGACGGAUCGACUUCCUAAGAACAUUAUUCGCGGGAAAUUCUUCUUCGUAACAAUCUAGACACAAAACAAAAUAAAUGAAUGCAGCAGACGGUGUAGUACCAGGCAUGCCAAACAUACGCAACCACGCUCGUCUUACUUUUCGCAGCAGUACGUGUGACGAACGGAUAAAUUCGAACUGUUUCAACAGCCCAGAAUCGUAACUGUGUUCAGAGUGUAUCUCUCGUAAAAAGCGUGGCUCACCAUUCUUGUUUUGGAAGUUGGAAAAUUGGUUUAAUGAGCCCUCUUCUGUAGGUUUAGGAAUUGAAAAUCUUCGUUUCGGUUAAGACUUUCGUACAUUAAUUUUGAUGAAUCUUGUUCGGAAUAUCAUGCGUUAGUUAUUCCUAGUGAUUGUCGGUAAUAAAAAAACACAUUCCAUCGAUCUUAGGCAUCCACUCAUACAAUUUGCUAGAACAUCAUCACGAGAACUGCAGUUUGAAAGUCACGUUCUAUCUCUAGCCGGCUACAAACACGCACGUCGUUGCUUUUAGCUCAUCUUGAAAUGGAACCGUCACGUGGUUCUUGUUCGUUCUUGGAAGGUGGUAGCCAGUCUAAGCAGGUAUUAGCUAUGCAGUUAACUGAUUGCAGAAUCUUGAACGAAGCCAAUGGCAUUUGUUGCAAACCCCAUACCAGACGCCAUUUUUUUCAGCGUUAAGGAACAGACCUAUGUACACUACUUAAAUUAAAUCAAUCGGGCACGAGUUCGUGGAACAAGGAACACGAAAGUAAUGGGAAACUAUUUUGCAUAAUACGUAUUAUUCUAUGUCAGUUAGUCGGUACACAUGGCAUUCGAUAUUCUGUUUGCCUUACUGUGUUACUUCCUUUUCAACACUGUUACAUUUUGAUAAGCAGUAUUUUUUACGGAACAAUUGACAUACACACAGAUUAUAGCUGCUGUUCAUACAAAUUACACCUAAUUCUACUCAAACUUACGUACUGACAGACGGUAGUAGGUGAAUAAACAACA